UAUCUAUCUAUCUAUCUAUAGUAGGUUUAUAUGUGUGUGUGUGUGUGGUAGGUUUUUAGCUAAAUUCAAUAAGCAUGCCACACUUAAAGAACAUGCAGUGUUGGUUUCUGGGAGGUUUAAAAGCAACCGUUGUUGGUCAGUGUAACUUUUCUUCUCGUGUCCAAAACUGAGUGGAAACAGAGUCAGGAUAAAAUAGUUAAAAUGGUGAUACAGUGUCACUGAUAAAAUUAGACACUCUGAUCUCUAAACAUGAAGAUGAGGAUUGUCCUCUGUGACUUAAAAAAUGUCUAGUGCUUGUAUUUUUCUCGGUGUGUGCAUAUAAAUAUAGUCAACUAAUUAAUUCGAUUUUUUCCUCCUCAAAGACUAAUUGAAAUUUAAAGGGAGAUGUAUUUUGAUUUCUAAAGACAAUAAUACCCACAACGCAAAGUUACAGUAAAGUUACAGUAAAAUGACAGAAUUAGAAAUUAAAAUAAAUUUAUAGGCUACAUAAAGAAACUGACUGACUCACAGACAAGUAAUGCUGACUAAAGACAUCACAUAUAGAAACAAAUCCUUAUUUUACCCUUAUUGGUUUACUCACAACAUACUUUUGGUUCAUCAGUUGUUUAAUUCAAAUGGAUCACUAAUGACACAUCAAGACUUCAUGUUAAAAUAUAGUAUCGUAAUUCCUAUUAGUGAAUUUAAUAUUGUUAUAAGUGCAAUCCCUGCUAGAGUAAUUAUGUUAUUUAAAAGUACAGCAGGACAGAAUCCAACAGUAUUAUCCAUUGAUCCAACCAAACUUGAAAUGAGUCAAAUUUGUUUAUCUUCAACACGCAGUAGUAAUCUUCAUAUACGUUCAUUAUUUCAGAAAGAAGUCGUAUCAGUUCCAUAUGUGGUAGCUUAUUGGAACAACUUUGUUAAUAACCUUGACUGGAAAAAGAUUUGGAAUAGAUAUAUGAUAAAUCAGAUCAGAUUCAGAUUCAGAGUUUCUUUAUUGUCAUUGCAACAAGUGCAACGAAAGGUAAGGUGCAGGCCAUUUCAGUGCAAAAAAAAAAACCAAAGCAAAUAUAUAAAACUUUGUGAAAAUAAAAACACAAAAAGACAAGAUAAAAUGACAAUAAGUAGGCACAGUCCAAAAAGCACAGAUUGAAAAGGGUACGUACAUAAGGUGCAGAGAGGAAAUAAUAAAGUAAAAGAAGUAUCUUUUAAAAUGAUUCACAGAUUUUACCCAUCUAAAAGUUUUUUAUAGGUGUCAGUUGCUCUUUCUGUGAAGGAGACUCUGAAGAUGUUUUUCAUUUAUUUUGCUCUUGCCCUUUCUCUACCAAAUUAUGGGAAGAUAUUUGCAACUUGAUUUCUACUUGUACUGAACCACAUUUUUCUUUUUGCUUUGAACAUAUAUUGUUUGGCUCCACUGACUAUCCAUCUGCGGAAAAAAACAAACAAUUUCAUAUCAUUGAUCUUAUUAUACUGUUAGCCAAAUGGCAUAUCCACAAAUGUCAAUACACUUAUCAAAAACCACCACUAAUAUGGAAGCCGUUAAGACUUUGGAUUUAUUUGCUCUUUUUAAUGUAUUUGUGUAAUAUGAUAUUCUGAAAUGUUGCCUCUGAAUGUACCGGCGGGUGUCAUUGCAUUUUUGUAUUUCUUAAUAAAGAUUAAAAAAAAGUAAUGUUUACUACUGGAAUUGGGAAUUACGACUUUACGAGGAGCUCUUGAACUACUCCAAUGUCUGCGCGUGGGCGACUCAGCUGGUGUGUGGUGAGUGUGUGAGUGUGUGAGUGUGUGUUCGUGGGGGAGGAGGAAACGCCGCUGAAACCUCCUCUGCCAUGAAGGACAGGUCGGACUGUCAGCAGCCGGCCUGAACACAUCCUCCCUCCCUCCGUCUGGACGGUCACCAUGGAUUUCGUGCUGAGCGGAGCGGCGGCCUGCGGAGCCUGUCUGUUCACCAACCCGCUGGAGGUGGUCAAGACGCGGAUGCAGCUUCAGGGAGAGCUCAAGAGCCGGGGCUCCUACCAGGUUUACUACCGCAACGUGUUCCACGCUUUCUACACCAUCGGGAAAGUGGACGGACUGGCCGGCUUACAGAAGGGACUGGUACCCGGGCUGGUCUAUCAGUUUUGUAUGAAUGGAGUCAGGCUCGGCUCGUACGCCAUCAUUGAGUCCUCUGGUUACAUCCACACUAAUGGAAGGGUCAGCGCGGCCAAAACCACCAUAGCAGGGGCCCUGGCUGGAGUGGUGGGAGCCGUGAUGGGAAGUCCUGUGUACUUGGUGAAGACUCAUCUGCAGAGCCAGGCUACCUCCUCUAUUGCAGUUGGGCAUCAGUAUCAACAUGAGGGGAUGGUGCACGCUCUGUCAGCCAUCUACAGACAGCAUGGCAUUCUGGGACUGUGGAGGGGCUCCAGUGCUGCUGUGCCGAGGGUCAGCGUGGGGUCCGCUGCACAACUCUCCACCUUCUCCUCCUCCAAGGAGCUUGUGAUUGACCUACAGGUGUUCCCAAAGGACAGCUGGUUGGUGGCUUUGAGUGCCGGCAUGAUCAGCAGCGUGGUGGUGGUGGCGGCUAUGACACCUUUUGAUGUCGUGAGCACGCGGCUCUACAACCAGCCUGUGGAUCAUUUGGGCAAGGGUCAGCUUUACAAAGGAUUCCCCGACUGCUUUACAAAGACGCUGAGGAAGGAGGGCCUGUUGGGACUUUACAAAGGCUUGGGAGCCUCUUAUUUCCGGCUGGGCCCACACACCAUUCUGUCUCUGUUCUUCUGGGAUGAACUACGCAAAGUGUACCAGAAGAUCAGAUAACACCAGGGACAAGGAAUCUGGAAUGGGUAACUCAUUAAGCUCUGAGUGCGCAGGUGAAAUUAAUCCUCAUCCAAUGAGGAUACUGAUAUGAGGUUAAAGGAUGGUGGGAACAGAAGGGGCAAAGGUAGCAUUUUACAAUCCAAUAAGAGAACUCAUCAUUGCAGUCAAAAUGUGUCAGGAAGAAGGCAAAAAUGUCAACACUGCAUAUAUGAAAACCCACAUAGGAACUUAACAGAUUACACAAUAGACCUCAUAUACCGUAUAGUAUAUGUCAAACAUCAUGGCUCUUAUAUAGCUCUUAAACACCUCAGUUAUGUCAUUCCAAAAGAUUUUUAAAAACUGCACUCGACACAACUAUGAACUCUCCGGAGAAAGCAUCAAGUGUGGCUCACAGUUUUAGAAAAUGAGGAACUCCAAUGUGAAAUGAUUGGUGCAAAUUGUGGCAGCUGCUCCGUGUAGUUAACACAGGUUAACACGUAUGUGAUGAGGUAGGGGAACAAAGCAUAAAGUUUGUCCAGUCAAAGUGUCAAAACAGGAGUUAUAGGCAACGUUUUCAUGAAUGUUUACUGUGUUACACCCGUGGGGUGUAGUAAUGACCAACAAAAUGAGUUAUUGCAGUGAUGAGCAUAAAGUGAGACUACUCCCAUGACAGGGAGAGAAAUGGCAACACAAUAUGAACCUGUCUUACCUUUUUACGUUAAGUCCUUGAUGACUAAUAAAUAAUGCAGCAUAGGUAAUCUGGUCUUCUUCUCUAUGGCAAAAAUGAGAACAUGUCAUUUUAACAUGGUGACAGUAAAAUAACUCUCCGUGUCCACUUGAUAAGACUACCUCCAUGUUCUUUAUUUUUUUCUGCAUAUUAUUAUUAAGAUAAGGAACGACCUGAACUGUAAUAAAACUGAGUUUUACAUCUACCUGUGAAUGCACCUCGAUAAUAGAGCCAGAAACACUGAGGAGGAUUCACCUCUCUGAGCACCUUAAGGAGAUAAGUUACAUGUUUGCAUCACAUAGGUACAAAAAAAAUGUCUUUCAUAUAGGUGGUGGUUAAUUGACCUGUUUCUGCUAAUCUUUCUCUGUCUAUAUUAUAUAUUAUGAUUGAAGUAUAAACCUUUUUAAACUGAAAAAGUAAAGUUAGUUGACUUUAAGUUCAUUAUUACCAUCUGUGUGUAAUAUAAAUUCUUACAGUGUGUGUUUUGAGAAACGUCCUUCCUGUCUGAGUAGUAAUAUAUUUUCUAACAAUUACGUUAUUAGUAUUGAUUGUUCUUUUAUUGACACUAACUUUAACCCCUUAUUGAUCAUAUAUCAGUGUGUUUUCAUGGCCUUUGAAAAGUACUUAAAUCCAAGAUAAAGGGUUUUGUUUUUUUUUUAAAAUAAAUUAAAAAAAAAAAUCUUAAAGUAUGAAGUCAUUGAUGUAAGUGAUGAUAUGAUGUCCAGCAGGUUAUUGGGGCUGGGAGCAGAGGAGUUCACAUUAACAUCAUGUACAUAUUGUAAUUUUACAUUCUCCAGGCCAGCAUGAGCUUCCUCAGUGUUUUACCUAGUUGUAGUAGUAAAUGAUGAGUCAUGGUUCUUUGAAGACUGUACAGUUUAGCUGAAUAGCACCAUGAAAUGAACAUUUUAAGCUUUAAAGUCAUCCAUGUUAUUGAUAUGAUAACUUGGGUGAAUUAUGGGUGUAGCUACAGGCAACGUUUUCCAGUGGUAACAGUUAACUAACAGUACACGUACCUGUUUUCCUCGAGCGAUUGAGAACCAAAACACCUCACCUCAGACUGGAUAAUGUGAUCAUACCUCUCAAAGCGUCUGUGUGUUCCUUUUUAACCAAGCGUGUUAGAGAUUAGCUUGUCUUGCUCCAUUUACAUAUUGUUAGUUUAACAGUGCCUGAGCCAGUGUGCAGUAAACAUUUACUCCCUUUAAAAGAUGAUUUAUGAUUUAUGAUGACUCGUAAACAGGCAGUAACACAUUCAGCAAACAUUUAACAUAAUUCUCUUGUAAUUUUAGCUUCAUUUAAAGUCAUGAUGUUUCCCAGCUGAUGCUCCGCUUGUCUGCCUUAAACAUUUUUAUUGGAGUUUUACUGAGUGAGACAUGAUGUUGAAUUUAGUAGCAGACAGCAGUUAUAUAAAGUAUUAGUAGUAGUUAUAUGAUAUGACAUAAGUAUGGAAAAUCAGUGACACGUUCUCAGCCUGGAUGACUGAUGUGAACACACAAUUCAAGGUGUGCUGCUGGGUUCAUUUUUUAUAACAGGAAAUUUUCCAAUGUAGCUUGAGAAUGCAGUCAGACGGGGAAAUUCAGGAACAUCAUGUACUGAUGUUGAGUUACAGACCUGUCAUCCCAGUUGUCAGCCUCUUCUGCAGCUUCUAAUACAAUACUGCUUUUAUUAUGUCUCAGGUCAACUGAACCUCAGGUUACAGGAACAAUUGCUUUUUGUUCUGGCUGCAUGUUGAACACACUUGUUGAAGCCACAAAUUUAGUUCAAUCUGGUUGUACAGAUGCAGACAGCAGAGCUCUGCAAAGACACUUUAGAAUACGCUGCUCUCUAAGGUGUGAGCCAGAUUUGAUGCUUUCUUCAUAAAGUGCAGGACACUCUGCAGACUGGUGAGACUUUAAUAAUACAUUAUUAGUUAGUGAUUUCAGUAAUGACUGAACAGCUUUCAACAUGCGAGCAGUGCUUGUCAUGACACUUGUGAUAAAUGUACAGUAGCUUUAAGAACACAGAUUCGUCCUCUUAACUUGCGUAGGAUAACACAGGAGACAAAUGUUACUGGAGUUUAUUUUGUAUUAUGAUAGUGAAGUUUUUUCUCUCCUGCCGCUGCCAUUUUUAUACUUGACAAGCAACUUGCAAUGACGCUUGUUUGUACCGUGAACAAUGCGUGCGAUAUAUCAUGAGUAGUCCAGUGGGCUAGGACAUGGUACUUAGCAGCAGUAUUAGCUGUACAGUAUAUUUUAUACACUUUCAGAACAAGUAUCAUAAGUAAGAUGGAUCAAGCAGACUUUAAUAGUCUUUCCAAUACCUUUAUAAAAUCCUUGAAAUGAUAGUUCACGCACGUCGAACCAGAAAUGAUUCCUGUCAAAUCAACUUUGUGCCAAAUCCUGUGCCAUUUGUUUCGUUCACAUCAAGCCAGCCACAACUUCUGAUGUUUCAGACACCAAAAAGUACUGAAAGUACCAAACUGGCUGAUGACUCCUUAAAAGAAAAACCAGAUUAGAAACCAGACUGUGAGAACGUUUACUGGCCAGAAGGACCCCUCAGUCAGGUUUUAACCAGGCGUGAAAAACAUUAACAAUUACACCUGAUUCUUAACAUGGUAUACUGCCAUUUCCAUAGCCAUGCCAUUAUGAUAACUCCAUUUUUGUUAAGGUAAAUGGUGCUGUGACUACAAACAGAAAUGUUACUGGUUAGUUAGUUUAUAUGAUGAAGGAGCCUGAGGAAGUAAACAUUCUGAAAUUAAAGGGAGGUUUGUGAAAGACAUGAUGAUGAUGAUGUCAAAAACAUGCAAAAUGCUAAAUGUAUUUUUGAUACUUUUUAUUUGAAAAUUGGUCACUUUAUUUGCAGAUGGUUCCAAUGUUAAGUCUCUGAGUACUUGUGUGUCAUGAAACUUCACGACAGCUGUUCUGAGUCACAUUAAUGAAUGUUGCCUGCAGCAGCUUGAGAAUUUUUUAUGAAUGUGUUACAGAAUAGACUUCCUGAUAUGGGCAGCCAAUAUUUCUGUGCCAUGGACUUGAAGUGCAAAUAAAAGAUUUUUUAUUGGCAGACA